AUGGCUGGAAGUGAAGUUUUAGAAGCAACAGCUAUUGGAGAUGCCAGCAUAUCAACAAGUAAUGGAGAUGUACUACUCCACCAUGUACUAUAUGUUAGGCAUCUCAAUGUUAACCUUUUGUCAACCAACUUGCUGACAGAUGAAGGAGCACAAGUGACUUUGGAUUCCACCAGUGGGCAAAUACACUUAGCGAACAGUAUGCUACUCAAAAUGACCAAGAUUCAUGAGCAAGGACUCUUAGAGUUCCAAGGCGAUACAUGGCAACAGAAUGCAAUGAUCACAUCAACACUAUUGUUUGAGGAUGUUGAUGAAGAUUUCGAGCAGAAAGAGAGCAAUGCCAGGACAUCUAAGCAACAACUAUGGCAUGAGCAUCUAGGGCACCCAGGUUGA